ACAAAACUUUGGAACCAUCCAGUUUCUGGACGCGCAAAGUUUCGCGGUGAAAAAUGCAGCAGCAAUAUGGCUAACAAAAAGAGAAUCAACAUAAUAAGUGCUUUAAUAAGUAGGGAAUCUGGUGUACGACAGAAUUGUUUCGGGUCGUUUCGACAAACAGCUUUAGAGUUUGCUGAAUACAGCCUUUUAGAGCGGCUCAAGUCAGAGGAUUUGUUCGAGCCUUUGGAUGAUUUAUCGAAUGAAACCGAUUCCGUUUUCAAUGUUGAACAAAGCCACAAUGGGUGUUACGCUGCCACAGUUCAAACGAACAAAAGUGUGAACAUAUUCCAAGUAACAUGCAUGAAAAAAGUUGCUGAGUACCACACAAACGAAAGAUCGGUAUGGACGUUAUCAUUCCAUCCAUCGAAUCCUAAUAUCUUGGCAUUCGGAACAUUAGGCGGAAAAGUCUUUGUCUACGUCGACAACAAGGAAGUAGCUUGGCUGGAUGAACAAGAACCGAUAGGAUCUUUGUGUUUCCAUCCAAUCGAACAUUACCUCGUUGUUACCAGUGGAAAUGAGGUUAUCUUCUGGGAUUGGCAGAAUAAUCGUGUUAUGUCAACUGGCACAUUCAGCGACUGCAAGUGUCGCUUUCUACAGAUAACAUCCAACUCAAUGCUCAUUACUGGUAUCACACAAACCACACUUUUUUCCUCCGUUGCUAUUGGAAUAAAUCUUAGCAUCGUAGAACCCCAGUAUUUGAUAUGUUCCUUUCUACGAACGCUUAAUUUUAUGCUUAAUGAUUUAGAGCAAGGUUUCACCAUUGGCAAUAGUUUUACAGCCGUUAUUAAAAAACAGGCUCAUUUCUGGAACCACUUAGCAGUUACUAUUAUUAGAAGAAAAGAUGAAAUGCAAUGUUUUGCAACGCUUAAACCAGACGAAAAAUAUACGAUAUCUCACCUGAAUACCACUUUGACGAUACUCAACAGAAGGAUCAGUAAUGUACUUACCGGUGUGGAACGGAUACAUCGGUUACCACCUGAAAUGGGAUCAUCGUCUGUUGAUGCAGACACGAUUGAGAAUCACUGUCGAGAAAUGAUGAUCUACUUCGAACGUAUAAGUAACAAUUUUGUGGAACAUAGACACCGGGGAUACUUGCGGUAUCUUUUCGACACGUCAUUAGUGAAAAAUAUUCUAAACAAAAUGUUCCAGCUUUUCCUGAAUUAUGACCAUCAAGAAAAUAGAACCGGCAGGUUCCUGCUAAGUGAUCUCCAAAUAGAUGCAUAUCGAACUUCUCGCAAUACCGCGCAAAAAAAUGAAUUUAUCCUCCAAGCUUGGGAGCUGGCCCACUUUAGGGAAUCCUCAGAACUGCCAGAUUUUAAAGAGGAUUGGAAAAAUGUAAUCGCUAUUUGUUUAAUCAACAACGAUUCCAAUGUGGCUAUUUCGCAGUGCGAAAACUUCAUUGCAUCCGUUCGAUUGAAAGCGGUAAAAGAAAUGGAGGUUCGCAGCUUAAACCGGGCAAAUUUUGGGGAAUGUCUUUUUGUAUUCAGAUUCACUGCCAAUUUUGUAUCGCUAUCAUUUUCACCAUCCAGCAAACAUAUAGUAAUCGGACUGCGAUGUAAGAAACGGCUCAAGUUUGCGUACAUACUUGAUAAGGAUACCAAAUGGAAAAUAGGUGUCAAUUAUAACACAAAUCUCAUACCCUCUGACGAUACAGAUCGAUCGUUACUAAAUGAGCGUGUUGGUCUCGAAGCAUGUCUUCCCAUUGAUUCAUUCAAUUACAAGGAAAUUAAUUGUAUAAAAUGGGCAACUCUACCGGGCUAUGGAUUGUUCGUAGGACUGAAAUCAAAAUUUAUUCAAAUUUGUAGAUGAAUAAACCAAG